AUGAAUUCAGAUAAGAAGUGCUGGCCACCGUACCUAACCGGCACCACUGCAGACGCAUCCAACCGUGCGUGCGGUCACCUGCGGUGCGUGCGGUGCGACAGCGCAGUGCUAAGUUUUGAUGGAUGGCUGUGGUCCCCCGACGUGAGCUACCUGUUCCUACGUACCAACUAUCCUGAUGUCAACAAACUCAGGGCCAAGCUACAGCCCAGGAGAACUAGCAGAGCCUAUGCAUGUCAGUGCAGGAGCGUCGACACAACACAACCUGUGGCACUCACAUCCAACGAUGACAACACGUGGAUUUGUACCGGCAAAAAUUGAGCCAUUUUUAAACAAAUAAGUGAAUCGUCACUUUUAAAUUCUU